UCCUGCUGGGGCGAUGCCUGUACUGGCGUGGUCUCUGCCAUAUAACCAUCUGAUCCCGGUCCACAAGGCACUGAGCCCAGCCUAGCUAUUGGCAAUCUUCGACACGUCAAAACAGCCUCGCAAACAGGUAACUGAACCACCGACCAAGGCCUGUGCCACUCCAACAGGAAUACCAAUGGAUCGGGACAUUCAACUCCCCCUCCACCACCACCAUAACCACAACCACCACCACCACCACGAACACCCCGUUGCGCCCACUCGGGCAUACCCAUACUGGAGUCCCAUCGCGACUCUCAUGGUAGCAACCUGACUGCAUUACUCGUUGCUCGCUGCCGACCAUCGAAAACCAGCGACGUCAACGAUCCAAAUCGCCCCCACAUUCCGAGGUGGACCAUCUGCUUUGGGAUAGCAUAUACCUGCCCUGAGGUAGCUAAGGGCAGCCGGAAGGGUUUCCGAGAGUACUGUCCUACCUCGCAUAAGAUCCUCACAGCCCACGCACAAGCGCGACCGCCCACCCACGCCCAGCAACAUGUCUCUCAUGAAUAUGCCCGAUUUCUUCGAUAGGAGUUCGGCCAAAAUCGAUCCCACCAUGGCUUCCUUCUUUGGCGGCCUUGAAGGGAAGCAGAUGGAGGCAUACAAGGACCGCGACCCCUACCCUCUGACGUACCUUGACGGUCAGAGCCAGGGAGUCGUGGGAGGAGCCCCAGGAGACUUGGAGCGCCAGCAGGCUCAGUAUAUGGCAUCGACACUCCCAAGCCCAAACUUGGGCGCCGCGCCGAACCCCGAGUCAAAAGCUACACUGCGCCCGACCCCUAGACCGGCGCUGCCGGCGACGGGGUCCUCGGGAGAAACGGCAUGCGAUGCAUCAACUUCGCACUCAAGGACGAAGUCACCAGGGUACAAAUCUGGGUCUGGGUCGGAGGAGAACGCCGCCAACAUAGCAGUGAGGGAGGGCCAGCUCAAGAGGAGAGACCGGCGAAGGAAGGGUAGCAAAGGGAGUGAACAUGACGGAGACGAGAAAGACCCCAAGCGGGACUCGGUGCUGGCGAGGAACCGCGUGGCGGCGCUGAAGUGCCGCAGAAAGAAGAAAGUUUUCGUCUCGGAACUUGAGGAGCAGCGCAUCGGCCUUGAGCAGAAACACCAUAAGCUCCAGGCCGAGUACUCGACGCUGCUGAACGAGGUGACGAGCAUCAAGAGCCGCCUCAUGGAUCAUGCUAGCUGCAACGAUCCACACAUCGACAAUUGGCUCGAUCUCGAGGCGCGCCGCUUUGUGCAAACAACCAAGGAGCGGUACAGCCGUACCUACGGCAACACCGACGGCCUUACUUACGAGGAGCUGAUCGACACAGCUGCGCCGGUUGCCAGCGCUAUGCUGGGGCCGGCCCUCGCUUCGGGUGCCUCAACGCAGCCCAGCUCGGCCUGCGGUUCGGUGGUCUCGCAAUCGUCUCGUCGGAACAGCAUCCCUCACCCCCAAGGAGGUGUGGCCCCCAUGCCAUACGUGAUGCAGCCCGCCCAAGCAACCACAUGGGUAAAUCCAUCAGAGCUGACGAUGUAUCCUGCAACUCACCCGGCAGAGACGUCCCCGACAAUGCCUAACUUCGAUCUUAGCCUUUCAGGCGAGGACGGAGAUGGUUUUUGAUAUUCCCGAAAGUUCGGGCCUUCCUAGCCGAGAGACCUGGGAUGUUACUGAGCCUCGAGAUGGCUUUUGUUCACCUGGAUGCUGGGUUCCCGGCGCGGUGCGGCAGCGCAAUCAUGGGUUGCGAUUUCUUUUUGGGGCUUCUUGCUCGGAUUCUUAGAUUGCAUGCAAAGCAAGACGUCGGCGUCAUCACCAAACUUGCCCUCGUCGCGGGGGUGGGGAUAUGGCGCUCUGAUGGAGGAACGGGAUCAAAGCCGUGACCUAGCAUGAGCCCCAUGUUUCCGUCUUGUUGUUGAGGAGGAGGAGGAGGAUUUUGCGUGUAGGAUAGGCUUAUGCGUGCGUUCCUUGUUCUUUUCUUUUUCCUCCUUCUCUCGCCUGGUUUUUUUUUUUGGAAGGGCCUCGUGGCGGGGUAUCUGCUGCGCUGGGCUAGCCCAGGCGGAUCGACAUUUCAUGCCUUUAUUUGUCACGGUUUGGGUGAGGGGAUUUGUUGAGAGUGUCAGGCUCGGCGUUCUUGGGGCAUGGGAGCCAAGGUGCAGGUUAAUGGCCAGGGAAAAUGGCCGUGGCCUGGACACAAAGGCUAAAAAGCAGUGUUUUGUGGCUGGGAGAUUCUCAAUGACAGCUCGUGACGAAAGCUUGCCCGUGUGUUGAGCAUUUGGUGUAACAUGAGUUAGAAAGUGAAAGUUGAAAGGCAUCUCUUGGGGAAACAGCAUUUGAGUGCAUCGGAUGACGUGCCGAAGCGCCAGCCAAUCGGCCAACAUGGCUGUCUCGGCCGAGUCCCGAUCGGGUCUUGAUUUGGAGGGGGAGGAGACCUGGUCCAAGACGAGCAGAGAAAAGAGAUCGCAAGUCGGAGAGGGAAACUAGAGAAAUGACAACGAAACAGGGCAGUGGAGAAGACGCACAGCAGUGCUUGCCUUUUUAUUUUCUGAACAAGCAGCCCUCUCUCUCCCGCGCGUGAGGACCCAAGUAUGGCAAGCCACGGGGUGCCCUCGGAGCAGUGUCCGGGUCCGGCCAUGGGGGCGCUGUGUCCGUCUGUGGUGUGGGGAUCGGCUCUGAUGACACAAUCGGCUGGUGCCAACGUCGAAAUAGCGUCAUACUCGCGUCGUUCGCUCAGCGGGCGCUUACUAUGACACUUUAUGGGAGCGCAGAGAACCGUUAUUUUCAGUGCGCAAACAAAUGCCUAAAGCGCAAAAUAACACGAAGUCAGGAGGCAGAAAAAAAAAGCUUGCAAAUAUCGUAGUGUUCCGUGAGGAGAUUCUGGCAUGCACCGAGGGAGUUCCCCUGUUGAGUCAAGUAGUUGUGUUUGUGGAAUGCCAUAAAUCAAACAUUUGUUCGCCUCCCAGUGAAGGGACGGCUCGCACAAGACUUGCUGGGUGCUUGAUAUGUAAUUACACAAAGAGUAGAUACAGUGCCCCCCCUCCACGGCCGCCAAGAUCAGGCCGCGACCAGCGUGGUCGUGGCCCCCGCCAGCGGGCCCCUGGUGACCAGGGCACCGUUGACGCGGAUGUUACUGACCAGGUCGCUCUGGUGCUCCUCGAUCAGGCGCAGCAGGGCCGAGCGCUCGAUGACGAUGCGGCCCGUCUCGAGCAGGUCCUUGACGUCGACGUCGUCCACCUCGAGAGCGCGCGCGUCGUAGCCGCUGGCGACGUCGAGGCAGUCGAAGAAGCCCUCGCGACGCUCGGCCGCCACGAAUGUGGACCGCCCGCCGUCGUGGCCCCAGCCGAGGGGCGCCAGGACCUCGCGCACCAUGCGCUCGACGUACUGGUCGUGCAGCUCCCGGGGCAGGCGGUUGCGGGCGGCCAGGGCGGCCACGUCUUCCGGUAGAGGCAGGUCGAGCCCGUCGCGCACGACAAAGAGCUCGCCGCGGCGGUAGCGGUACGAGAGCGCGGUGCGCCAGGCCAGGUCGUAGACCUUGCGGUUGAGGCCCGUCG